AUGCUUAAUGCGCACCCGGAAAUCGAGUGCUUUAGCCGACUCAUGUACGAGACCAUCUGGGACACGUCCGCCUUCAACGACCCGGACCUCUGGCCGCCCGCCAACGCGACCGAGCCGCAGCCCUUUGUCUGGUCCAUGGGCGACCGCACCGGCUACGCGACCCACGGCGACUACAUGUUUGGCUGGAAAGGCGACGCGCUGCAGCGGGCCAUGGACGAGCCGUGCUACAUCAACUGCCAGAACGUCACGACGCAGUCCAUUGCGGAGCAGAACAAGUGCUCGGCGCCCGAUAUCGUCCAGGAGCACAUUGAUGGAUGGCUCACUGAGCUGCCAGGCAUCAGCAGCAGCAAGAUGGCCACGCCCAUGCAGUGA